GGGAUGACAUCAGCCGAUGGACUGACUACUAAUCAGCUUGCCAUUGUAUUCUCGUUUACGGAUGUUUUACAUUUUCUUUCCUCGGCAACACUUGCACCAGAUUCCCCAUCUUAACUUUGACUAUCUUUCAAGUUCGCACACGUGAAUCUUACUUGUGCAAAGACUUGCUCACGCCCGUCCGCUCUCCUCCUUGAUGGUCUUGCAGCAACAGACAUUUACAAAAGAAAUUGUUGGUUGAUGAUGACGAAGCUGAUUGUGACGAAUAUCCGAUUGCUGUUGAACAACAUGGUUGACCUUUGAAGAUACAGGGCCUUUAUAAAGGCAGCCAAACACUCCCGAGCCUCUGUCAGGACCACAGAAACACCAACAUGAACACAUUUAUCAUUUUGACUAUUAUAAUUUCUCUACCUGCGUUAUCACUGCAACAAAAUGCUCCUUAUACAUUUUGUAACACACUGUGUAACCUGAUCAAAACAUGCUCACCUACCGCAUCUUACUGUAGCAGCGCCAAUGUGAUCAGACUAUCGAAUUUAUGCCGUUGCCAAGAAGGUACAGGGAUUGGCAAUCCCCCUACAAGAAGGCCUACAAGAAGGCCUACAAGAACAACUACUACCACUACUACUACGACGACAACAACAACUCGAGUGCCAUUUGUCAAUAACCAAUGCGGCAUCAGUGGAAUUGCAAAUCCUCAGGUAUAUGUGGAUUCCUUGCCUCGCGUAGUGGGUGGGAAGGACGCCCCAGAGACCUACUUUCCGUGGCAAGUGAUUGUCAAACCUGGUGGUGCCCGUUGUGGCGGCACAAUCAUCAGCAAAGACACUGUCAUCACGGCUGCACACUGUGUGAACAAUUUCCGAAAUGAUCCUCGCUCGGUUCAAGUAGGCCAUGGUUCUGUUGACAGCAACUUCGCAAAAUACAUAACAGCUUCCCAAAUAAUCGUACAUCCUGGCUACAGUCAAUCCUCAAACCCGGACAUUGCGAUCAUCAAGUUAUCGAGGUCAAUCACAUAUACAAGUAACAGCCGCCCAGCUUGUCUUCCUCGCAAUAAUCAAGCAGUCGACCCUAAUCAGCUAGCUGUUGUCACCGGGUGGGGGAUACUCCAAGAGGGCGGGAGCAGAGUUCCCAAUAUUAUGCAGUAUGUUGCUGUCCCUAUCGUCGACCAGGAAGAGUGUAACAAUUACUACAGCGGAGGAAUCCGUGACAGCGAGUUCUGUGCAGGCUACACCCAAGGUGGACGUGAUGCAUGCCAGGGCGAUUCCGGUGGUGCCCUUGUCAUGCCAAGUCCGUCGGGCAGAACCUGGGAACUGAUCGGCGUGGUGUCCAGGGGAACUGGAUGUGCCAGACCAAACAAGCCGGGCAUAUAUGCCAGGGUGCCAAACUAUGUGUCAUGGAUACAACAGAACAUGUAACAAGUCCCUAUUGUAGCGUAUGACUGGAUGCUACACAGUUGGACUGGUGUCAUUUUCUUAUGGAGUUAACAUCAUGUGAACCUGAUGUUGUUACUAUGCAAUAAACUGUAUAGACGAACGUCUGUAAAUGCUCUUAAUGGAGCGAAGUCAAUGUCGGAACAACUAGAGGAAGUUUCUAUUUAAUAUCAGAACAUAAAACACCGGUGAUACAUAUUUAUAUGACUUGUAUCCAGAAUACCGUGAAUUUUCUAUGAUAUUUUCAAAGGUAAAUGUUGGCCCGGUGAUCAUAGGGUAGAUAUGUAUGUGAAUGACUGUACAUACUUAAUUAAUAAUGAUCACAAUGUGUAAUCAUUGUAUGUAUCAAAUAUUGACAUAAACACAAUGUCAACAAUCUAAGCAAAUUGUGUUACGAGGAGCAUUAAAUACACGACCCAAUAACAAGCUAUUGAAUCCUGAAUAAGACUAAUAAAAUUGUCUGUCAAAUAUA